UUUUCCCUCUGUAUUUCGUCGUUGCUGUUCGGUUUCAUUCCUUGUGUAGAUUUUUGCACUAGUCCGUUCUUCGGCUCCUUCGGGGCUGUUCGAUUUCGCUACUUCGACGGCAUUCCCUUCCUGUUGGAUCCGAAGUUACGACAUUUUGAUCGGAAGCAACGACGGGAGCUCGCUCGCUGUGGAGGCAACUUUCUCCCUUUCGCGCGCUUCUUCUGCCAAAUCCCGUAAAUCCGCCGAACCGAAGGAUUAGGUAAAUCUGGGAUUUACCGAGAAAAGAGGCAUCCACCGUGAUUUCCACCUAAAAACAGCAUUGGCGCAGGGUUUAUUUGGGUUCAUCCCGAUGGUGCUUCCGACAUCCUAUAAUGAUAAAAAACCCUCGCAGACCUCACUCUACUCAAGUGAGCGUUCUCCCCCUCCACCCAGACUCUUACUCAUCAACAAGUUCGCUGAAUCCCGAGCAUGGGAGCUUGAAUCCCUCCACAACAUUGUCUCCAAUCGCCUAAAUCAUGACUUUUGCAUGCGGCGUGAUAAAAGGCGGCGAACCACUGGCUUCCGGAGUGGGAAGAAUCGUCGGAGGAAGAGACCACGCGUGAUUGAUGGUGCUGUUGCCGCAUCGGGCUAUGAUGGAAUGGAGGAAGGGGGUUUGGAUGAAAAGGAAGCGUCUCAGAAGAAGAGCAAACCCUCACGAAGAGUUAGACGACGGCUAGAGUUGCGGAGGAAUAUGACAUUUGGGUUUUCUGUGUCCGAGGAUGGGACAAAGAGGCUCCGAACUCAUCUCUGGUUAGCCAAACGGUUCUCGAUGGUAAAACUUUGGGGAUUCUAUCUUCCCCUUGGGCUGCAAGGCAGGGGUAGGGGCUCAAGAGCUAUCUUGAAGAGGUUGAAAUCCGGAGCACUUAUACAUGAUGCUAGUUACAGCCACCCUGUCCAAUUGGAGGGUCCAGAGGAAUCUAUCUUGGAUAUUAUGAGGAUGGUCUUGCGACCAUUUCCUUCGGAUUUUUCAGACCAAAUGUCCAAGCCCAUAUUUUAUGGAGCUUGCUAUGCUAACUCAAUGCUUUACCAUGUUAGAUCUCCGCUUCCCAAGUUUAUUUCUCCAGUUAUUUACAUGUGGCUGCCACUGAAAAGAGAUGAGAAUUACAUGGAUUCUGAACAACUAUUCGAUCGAAGUAGCUCUAGUAAAUCUGAAUGUAGUACUUCACCGCGGCAAUUGUGGAUAUGGUUACAUCCUGCUGCUUACAAUGAAGGAUUUGAUGCAUUGAGAUGUGCUUGUCAGAAACAGAUGAAUGAGACUGGUACCUCUAUUCAUUGCCUUUCUAUGGAGGGGCAUAUUGCAAGAUUAGAAGUCAUUGGAGCCAAGUCUCUAAAGAUUCUCCAAAAAAUGCUGAUUCCUAUGCCAGAGUGUCGCAAAAUUGGUAGCCAAUCUCAAUUGAGUUCCUCUUCUUUGAGAGCGUGCUCAAAUUCACAAUUACAUAGUAGUUUCGUUCUUGAACACGCUGGUCACCUUCCAUCUCGUGCUAUUUUUUCACUAGAAGUUCAAGAUCCACGAGAUUUACCUAUGAAAGAAGUUAAAUGUUUUCCUACAACUGCCAGUUUUGCUAGUUGUCCACAACAUCAAGGUCUUGUUACUGAUUCCACUGCCAAGUUCUCCAAUGAAUUAACCAGGAAUAAGGACUUGUUGCUUUCAUUCUGGUCAAAACCUGAAGCAAAUGGAGUUUUUCCUUCUGAUUGUAGACAAUUAUGGGAUUCUUAUAUAAAUUUGAAACCUCCGUUGCCAGAAAAUGUUAUCUGCAGGGAGAGGCAUUGUAAGCGCUUAAAACAUUUCUAUCUGGAUCCUGAUCUUGUUGAAGAGCCAUGUUACGAAGCAAGAGAUCGUUAUGAUCGGUCCUGCCCCAUUAUACUCUUAAAGCAUGCAGACCAUGAAUCGUUUAAUUCUGGAUGGUCUAUAAUUCUUCCUUUAAGUUGGGUAAAACCUUUUUGGAUGUCUCUUAUCUUAAAUAAAGCUCAUGCAAUUGGAUUAAGAGAAAAGCGGUGGAUAGCUUGCAAUGGUGGAUUACCUUCAUUCCCAUAUGAUUUCCCUGAUUCUAGUGCAUACUCAUCACUCAUGACUGCUGAAGUUACAAAAGCUGAUGAAGCCGUUAAGCUUCGACCUCCUGCUUUGAGACCUAUUUGUGUUCCCAUAGCCCCCCAAUGGCAUUGUGUAGCCCGUACUCUCUGUAAAAGUUUUUAUACCAAUGAGCCAUGCUAUGCUAGUAGAGAAACAACUUAUGUCACAUCGUUUAACAUGCAUUCUCAAGAUGAGAAGCAAUCCCCUUAUGAGCAAUCUAGGAAGUAUUUUGAUGUUUCAAUUUUAAGAACAUCAAAUGAUUUAAAUUAUAUAUUGGAAAAAACUAGUGGUGAAGGAUAUUUGGACCAAGGUGGAGGGCCUUUAUUUGUGAGAGUUCUGAUUCAUGCUUUCAAGGAAGGUUUUUUUGACGAAGGAGCUGUUGUCUGUGCCCCUGAACUUGCAGAUCUCUCAUCAUGGAUGGAUAGGUCGGAAGAACAUACACCACCACAGAUGCCACAGUCCUUCAUCAAAUCUUAUUUCACAAGGCAAGAUUCUUAUAGUUGGGAGCUACAUGUGCCACAGGAUAGCUCAUCACUCAAGUGGUACAGGUGGCCGAUUGGCUUUAUCACUACUGGCUUUGUUCGAGGAAGUAGAAAACCUGUUGCGGUUGCAUUCUGUGAAGCAAGAAUCCUUAAAAUGCUGAAAGAGCAGCAAGGAACAAUGAUGGAUUUAACAGGACCAGAGAUUUUAGUGCUGGUCAGAAACUUGAAAUCAAGUACUUAUCGGCAGGCGGUUGCCACAAUUUUCCUUGAUCUGGAAGAUGAGGAUCUGGGCUUCAUGUAAGGAAUGAAGAAUCUUGAACUCUUGUACCAUCUCAGCAAAAAAUGUUGGUGAACUUUCUCCGAGCAUUUAGUGAUGCAGUGAGAUUUAGAAUUAGGAUUUCAUAUUUAUUUUAUUAUGUUUGUAUUCAUUUGUAUUUUCUGUCUAUAUUUUUGAUAAAAUAAGGAUUUACAUGUGCACCUAUUUGUUAGGUUAUUUUUUAAUUUCUCUUACUUUAUAAAAUGGAUCAUAAGUUGAUAA